GAGGGGAGACCCGCCACCUCCCUCCCUCGCUGACUUGCUCCCUCCCUGGCUGCGGCGGCUGCAACCGCGGCGGUGGCGGCGGCGGCGGCGGCAGCAGCCGGAGCAGUCUGGAGGCCGGCGUCGAGGAUUUGCUGCUGUCUUCGCCGCUGCUCCAUCCUUCCCUCAGAGGCCCUCUCCCCUCUCCUGUCUCAAGAUGGCAGCUAGCAGCUCUGAGGUCUCUGAGAUUAAGGGGGUAGAGGAGGGUCCCCAGACCCAGGGAGAAGGGCCUGGCCAUUCUGAAGGCCAAACUGGCUCUCCCCAGGUCCCAGUUGGGGUCUCAGAUGAGCCAGAGACCCUGCAGCCAGGCCCAGACGUCAUGGGGGCCCCUGUGGACUCAGAGCCCAAGGUUGGGCUGGCUCCAGAAACCACAGAGACCCCAACUGGGGCCCCUGAAGCAGCUCAGGCCAGAGACCUCAGCUCAAGCCCAGGAGGGGAAGCAAAGGCCAACUCCAGCACUGAAGAAACAUGCCAAGAGCUAGCAUCCAAACCCGAAGUGAGCAAAGAGGCCACUGCAGACCCGGAAUCCAACCUGGAAUCCGCAGCCCCGCUUAAGCCAGCCUCAGAGCCUGCCCCCCAGCCAGAACCCCAGUCAGAGCCCCAGCCAGAGCCCCAGUCAGCCUCCCAGUCCACCUCCACACCAGCCCUUCAGCCAGAGCCCCCUACCAAGGAGGAGCCCACCUCUGAGAUCCUGAGCGAGAGCAUGGGAGAAAAGCAGGAGAAUGGGGCAGUGGUUCCCCUGCAGGCUGGUGAUGGGGAUGGGGAAGAGGGUCCAGCCCCCCAGCCUCACUCAUCACCCUCCACAAAGACCCCCCCAGCCAAUGGGGCCCCACCCCGUGUGCUGCAGCAGCUGGUGGAGGAGGAUCGACUAGGAAGGGCUCACAGUGGGCAUUCAGGAUCUCCCCGAGGAAGCCUGAGCCGCCACCCUAGCUCCCAGCUCGCAGGGUCUGGGGUGGAGGGGGGUGAAGGCACCCAGAAACCUCGGGACUACAUCAUCCUCGCCAUCCUGUCCUGCUUCUGCCCCAUGUGGCCUGUCAACAUCGUGGCCUUCGCUUAUGCCGUCAUGUCCCGAAACAGCCUGCAACAGGGGGACGUGGAUGGGGCCCAGCGUCUGGGUCGCGUGGCCAAGCUCUUAAGCAUCGUGGCACUGGUAGGGGGGAUCCUCAUCAUUAUCGCCUCCUGCGUCAUCAACUUAGGCGUGUAUAAGUGAGGGGCUCUGCCCUGCAUUCCAAGACUUUUUUUCCUGUUGGGAGCUGCCUUGGGCCCAUCUUCCCCUGGGGGGAGCCCAAUCCAUGGCCCAGGCCCGCACCCAUAGGGACCAAGGGAGCCUGAGCGGCCUUGUUUACAGCUUCUUUCCUGUUCCUGCAUCCUGCCAGGCUCCUCUGCCAACCGUAGGCCUCCCUUCUCCCUGCACUGUUUCCAACCUCCCUGCACUUCUGCCUGCACCCCCUCCAGCCUCUCGGCUUCCCUAUCCUUGCACUUCUGGAAACCUCCCUGCACUUUUGGAAUCCUCCCUGAACAUCUCCCCAUCUCUCUGUACUCUCAGCCUCCCUGCAUCUCUCCCCACCUUCCUGCACUACAACCUCCCCGAAUUUCCUGCACCUCGACCCUGGUCUCCCUUUCCUAACUUUCAUUGUCUCAGCUUCCUCCCCUCAUUCCUUUCUUCUUCCCACCUAAUUCAUCGCCACUUCCCUCCCCACACCCUCCGCCCCCUUCCUCUUCCUGCCUCCUCAUCUCCCUCCAGCAUCCUCUCCUCCACCCUCCUCCACCGUUUAUUCAACAAAAACUCCAGCAUUUAGAACAGGCUGGGGGUGGGGGGGAGGGGUGUCAGGAAAGGGCUCCCUCGCCCAGGCUCCGACUGUUCUCUGUUGGGACCACCCAGGUCCGGACGACCCCCAGGGUGCCUCGGGGUCGCAAAGCCGGCCAGCCAGGCCUCAUUUGGAGACUUAUGCAGGGGUGGCGUGUUCCGAACACGCACCUGGGAGAACGGAGGGGCAUGGCUGUUGACCCUCCCUGGUCAGCCUGAGUUGACCUGUCCCAUCUGGGCUUUUUAACCCAGUCAGCGAACUCGUCGGAGCUGGGGUCAUUCACGUACUUUGUAAGAAAAAGAACCCCCCAAAUAGGACCAAAGCUCCCAGCUGCAGGGAGCAAGGGAAGGGCGGAGAGGUGUAUUAUUCUUUUCUAAGAGGACGAGAGAGGUUUGUUGCACGCGACAGUCCGCUGGGGAGGCGGGGACCGAGCCACAACGCGGUUCGGAGUUGGCGGUUGUUUUUUUUUUUUCCCUAAAAAAAGUGUAGGGAAAAAAGCCUAAAAGUCUAAAAACAAACAAAAAAAAGGAUACAUCAACUGAUUUUCCCUUUUUGUAUGCCGAUGCUGCAUGGGUCUGAGACACCAAUAAACGGAGACUGCAUGAGACUCGCCUCUAGCCUCAGUUGGUCCUUAACAUGCGUGCGCCGCGGGGGCCGGAGGUACUGCCUCCUUUCACGCAGAACCUACUGCGUCGUUUGCGCAUGCGCUGCCCCGGUGGCCAUCUUUACUGUGGGCCGAAGCCUAUUAUUCCGGAGCGCCUACCUGCGCAUGUGCAAGCCUUCCCUCGCUUUCCUCUUCCAAGUAGCUUAGACUAAAGCGGAACCUCCCGCGCCAUUUCGGUGCGUCUGCGUACUGUGACCCUGCGUAGCCCGGGAGGCGGGUCUUAGCUCCAGCGAUGAAGAGGUGGAGCUGCCCGCAGAUGGGCAGUCCUGGAUGCCACCCCCCUCUGAAAUCCAACGGCUCUAUGAACUGCUGGCUGCCCACGGUACCCUGGAGCUUCAGGCUGAGAUCCUGCCCCGCCGGCCACCCACGCCUGAGGCCCAGAGUGAAGAGGAGAGAUCCGAUGAGGAGCCAGAGGCCAAAGAGGAGGAAGAAGAAAAACCACACAUGCCUACAGAAUUUGACUUUGAUGAUGAGCCAAUGACACCAAAGGACUCCCUGAUUGACCGGAGGCGCACCCCAGGAAGCUCAGCCCGGAGCCAGAAACGGGAGGCCCGCCUGGACAAGGUCCUUUCAGACAUGAAGCGACACAAGAAACUAGAGGAGCAGAUCCUUCGUACCGGCAGGGACCUCUUCAGCCUGGACUCAGAGGACGCCAGCCCUGCCAGCCCCCCACUCCGAUCCUCAGCGGGUAGUCUCUUCCCCCGGCAGCGGAAAUACUGAGGCUGCUGAGUCUGCCUGCUGGGGCCUUGGCCCACCUUCCCUCACCCAGGGCCCACCUUCCCUCACCCAGGGCCUUGGGCAAGAGGAAAGAUGUUCCCAGACUCCCACCACGACACCUUGCCAGAAAGAGGACUGAUGCACGCGCGCGCGCGUGUGUGUGUGUGUGUGUUUAUGUUUUCCCUUGAACAUCUGUUGGGAGACCUGAGCCGAAUUUUCUGAAUUUAAAAUAAAAAAAUUAAAAAAA